CCGUGGCCUGCUCCCAUUCACCACCUCCAUCUCCAGCGCAUGGGUCUCCCUCGCUACUGAGUCCACUGACGAAAGCUCGGCACGGCGGCACAGCCCGCGCCCAUCCAUCGCUAGUGUUCCAGUGCGCUACCAUUUAUCCUCGCCAGCUCGCGCACUCUUGUCCGAGCCUUCUUCCCUUCAGCGCGUCUUUCCAUCUUUCACCACCCACCGACGAGCGUCACCCAUCGACAGCGACAUUAACUUGCAUCGCUACACGGCACGAUGGCCGCUCCGCGCGUGAGCUUCUCCGACAAGGACCUGGAGCAGAAUGGCGAAGCUGGCGCCGCCGCGAGAUCGAGAAAGUGGUCGCAGGCUCCGGGCAACAUCGAGGAUCUAGACGAGUACACCGCACUCCAAAAGUACAUCUCCACCUACAGAGAUCCAAAGCUCGCUGCUCAGGAAGCUGCUGAGGGUCAGGAGGAGAAGCCAAAGAAGUCGUGGCAGUUCUGGAAGAGCGGUCCCAAGGCUGGCGCCGCCGUCGCCAACGAUGACGGCCACGUGCCUGACGACUGGCUCGAGGCCGACAUCAAGCAGGGUAUCUCUGACCACGAUGUCGAGACUCGCCGCAAGAAGUUCGGCUUCAACGAAAUCAUGUCCGAGAAGGAGAACAUGUUCCUCAAGUUCUUGGGCUUCUUCCGCGGACCAAUUCUCUACGUCAUGGAACUCGCUGUCCUCCUCGCUGCUGGUCUCCGCCACUGGAUCGAUCUGGGUGUGAUUAUCGGUAUUUUGAUGCUUAACGCUAUCGUCGGUUGGUACCAGGAAAAGCAAGCCGCCGAUGUCGUCGCAAAACUCAAGGGAGAUAUUGCCAUGAAGGCUACCGUCAUUCGCAAUGGUCAGGAACAGGAUAUCAAGGCUCGUGAGCUUGUCCCCGGUGAUAUCAUCAUCAUCGAGGAAGGUCAAGUCGUGCCAGCCGACGCUCGUCUCAUCUGUGACUACGAACAGCCCGAGGAUUUCGAGAAGUACAAGGAGUUGCGCGAACAGCAUGCUUUGAACCCAGAGGAGGACCCAGCUGGGUCUGAAGACGCUGAGGGUGAUGAGGGUGAGGGAAUCGCACACCAGGGCCACUCCAUCGUCGCUACCGAUCAAUCUGCCAUCACCGGUGAAUCGCUCGCCGUCGACAAGUUCAUGGGAGACAUUGUCUACUACACCACUGGCUGCAAGCGUGGAAAGGCCUACGCCGUCGCCACUACCUCCGCUAAGCACUCCUUCGUCGGUCGCACUGCUACUCUUGUCCAGGGCGCCAAGGAUCAAGGUCACUUCAAGGCUAUCAUGAACAGCAUCGGUACGGCUCUGCUCGUCCUCGUCAUGUUCUGGAUUCUCGCUGCCUGGAUUGGUGGUUUCUUCCGCAACCUCAAGAUCGCUACCCCAGAGGAGUCCGAUAACACCCUCCUCGGCUACGUCCUGAUUCUGUUCAUUAUUGGUGUUCCAGUCGGUCUUCCCGUCGUCACAACCACUACUCUGGCCGUCGGUGCUGCUUACCUCGCUGAGCAACAAGCCAUCGUGCAGAAGCUUACCGCUAUUGAGUCUCUUGCCGGUGUCGAUGUGCUCUGCUCUGACAAGACCGGUACUCUUACCGCCAACCAGCUCUCCAUCCGUGAGCCAUACGUCGCUGAAGGCGAGGAUGUUAACUGGAUGAUGGCCUGCGCCGCUCUCGCCUCUUCUCACAACAUCAAGUCUCUCGACCCCAUCGACAAGGUCACCAUCCUUACCCUCAAGCGCUACCCCAAGGCUCGUGACAUCCUCAAGGAUGACUGGAAGACAGAGAAAUUCACGCCUUUCGACCCUGUCUCCAAGCGUAUCACCACCGUCUGCACGCUCCGCGGCGACCGCUUCACCUGCGCCAAGGGUGCUCCAAAGGCCAUUCUCAACCUCACUGACUGCUCCCGCGAAACCGCAGAACUCUUCAAGGAGAAGGCUGCUGAAUUCGCCCGCCGUGGUUUCCGUUCUCUCGGUGUCGCCUACCAGAAGAACAACGAGCCUUGGGUCCUCCUCGGUAUGCUUUCCAUGUUCGACCCUCCACGUGAGGAUACCGCGCAGACCAUCGUCGAGGCCCAGCAGCUCGGUGUUCCCGUCAAGAUGUUGACUGGUGAUGCCAUCGCUAUCGCCAAGGAGACUUGCAAGAUGCUUGCCCUCGGUACCAAGGUCUACAACUCGCAGAAGCUCAUCCACGGUGGUCUCUCCGGCACUACCCAGCACGAUCUCGUCGAGCGUGCUGAUGGUUUCGCUGAGGUCUUCCCAGAGCACAAGUACCAGGUCGUCGAGAUGCUGCAACAGCGUGGUCACUUGACUGCCAUGACUGGUGACGGUGUCAACGAUGCUCCAUCGCUCAAGAAGGCUGACUGUGGUAUCGCCGUCGAGGGUUCCACCGAAGCUGCUCAGGCCGCCGCCGAUAUCGUCUUCCUUGCCCCAGGUCUCUCCACUAUCGUCUUCGCCAUCAAGACUGCCCGCCAGAUCUUCCAGCGUAUGAAGGCCUACAUCCAGUACCGUAUCGCCCUUUGUCUCCACUUGGAAAUCUACUUGGUCACCUCCAUGAUCAUCAUCAACGAGACCAUCAGCUCUGAGCUCAUCGUCUUCAUCGCUCUCUUCGCCGAUUUGGCCACCGUCGCCGUUGCCUACGAUAACGCUCACUCCGAACAACGACCAGUCGAAUGGCAAUUGCCAAAGAUCUGGAUCAUUUCAGUCAUCCUCGGUAUUGAACUCGCUAUCGCUACCUGGAUCAUCCGCGGUGCCAUGUACCUGCCAUCCGGCGGUAUUGUCCAGAACUAUGGCAACGUCCAGGAGAUUCUCUUCCUUGAAGUCGCCCUCACUGAGAACUGGCUCAUCUUCGUCACUCGUGGUGCUCAGACCCUCCCAUCGUGGCAGCUCGUUGGCGCCAUUGCUGGCGUCGAUAUCCUCGCUACCCUCUUCUGUAUCUUCGGCUGGCUCAACCCCAACAUCUACCAGGAGCCUCUCCCAUCCCCAAUGUCCAGCUUCCAGCAGACCGCCAACGGACACACUGACGUUGUCACUGUUGUUGUCAUCUGGGCAUACUCCAUUGGUGUCCUCAUCUUCAUCGCCAUCACUUACUACCUCCUCAACAAGAUCCCAGGUCUUGCCAACCUUGGCCGCAAGAACCGCAGCGUGCACGACACCCAGAUGGAGAACAUCAUUGGUCACCUUAGCAAAUUGGCGCUCAAGCACGAGAGGGAUUCACACGGCGAGAGCCAAUGGACCAUCGUCGGCAAGGCGACUGACGAGGAGGAAGAUGAUUAGAUGCAUAAGAUACCAAUUUGUCUCGUUGUUUCAUACUAGGGAUAAGCAAAUACAGUCUUGUCACCAUCGACAGUGGAUUUAAUAUGCUGCGUCCCAACACUCGUUUGGGAGCGCGCUGUAGAUAUUCCUCCGGUGUAAUGUUCAAAAUAACGAGUUGCCGGUUCACUACAUGUUGUCCUUCUCCCUUCGCAGGGAGCCCGUAAAGCCGUAACCGGCCAUGCCGUGCUCAUUCCGUAGAAAUGUAGCCCGUGAAGGUUCGGCCCAUGAUGCUUUUGCCCUUCAACGUGGACGUCUCGUCUGCCCUCUCACAUGGCCAACCCUCCCAGCCUCCCAAGAACACAUCAUCACCGCAAUCGCUGCUUCUCCCAGCGGAGAAGCUUGUCCUCCAUGUCCCACAUCUGCAUCUUUUCGUCAUCUUUCGUGCAGGUCACGGUCUCUGAUAUUCCCUGUCGUCGAUCAUACUAGCAGUCCACUUGGUGCGUAUCAGUAGAUUACCCUAUACCCUCCACUUACCGUCUACCACCAGUCGGCAGCGAUUCGGUGGCGACACGGACAGAAAGAACAAGCAUCUUGAUAUCGAAAUUCGAGCGCAAGCACUUGCCUGAAAUUCUUGCUUUCUUGUCUCAUGAUCGUCCACGUUCGUCCACAAU